UUCAAACCUUCAUUAAUACUUGGAAUUAAAUAUUAGUUGUAUGAAUAAUUAUUUCAAUUAACUGUUUACUCUUUUAUUUAAUCUGAUGCGAUAAUCCAAAAUAUCAAAAGUGGCCAAUCAAAAAUUGAAGAAUUAGCUGUCAUGAUUAAUAUAAGACGAUUAUGUCUCAUUACUUUAAAUAAUAGCAGAGAUAAACACUUGCUUCAGGAUGCUCUGCAAAAUUUGUGUUUUUACGGUUUUCUUGGUCACUUUAGGAACUUGGGCACAAAAUUGCAUUCCUGAACCAGUGGAAACCAUAGAACUCAACGUCAGCACUUUGUCGUGGUCUUCGAGCGACAACUGCGAAGAUACCCAUUACAGAAUCGUCAUAAGAUCAUCUGGUAUAUUAUACGCACAUACUGUCAGCUCGCUAAGUUUGGAUGUAUCCUUCCUACAACUCUGCGCAGAUUAUAGUUUCACUAUUACCCCGACAGCAAAUCACUUGUUAGGGGUAGAAACUACUUUGCUUUCAGAGAUUGAUUUGCCUGAAGGUACAGACAUAGUCGUGCAGAAUUUUACAGGCGUCCAAAUAGGCGAAGGUGUCUUGAUCCAGUGGCACAUAGAUGAGAACUUCACCAGCUGCGUAGAGCACUACCACGUUCUCAGUUGGCAUGAAGAUUCAGACACGCCGGAUUCCUUCAAUAUCGGCCAAAAUGGCUACCUAGUUAAGGACGUGGCACACUGUAUGAACUACAGAUUUGAUGUAACUGCACACUACAAAAGCGUUAACGGUACAACAGCGCAGUUCAACUACACAGUACCAGCGAAAACCAACAAGCCUACUUUGGUAGAGCUAAGGCAGGGCUCAUUCGAAAUCAACACCACCUGGAGCUUGGAGAAAUAUUCCUUGAACAGAUGUAACGUUACGGCCCUCUACGUCAAUGGGACCCACUUCAAUCAGACAUACGAAAUAAUGGACGCACCAGAGAGACCUGAUGUUCUAGUCAGUAUUACUAGUCUGAGGGCUGAUACCAUGUACUAUUUUAACGUCUCCACAGAAAAUACGGCGGGGGUAUCCCCAGCUUUCCUAAUAGCUGUGCAGACUCUUGAAAUAGAUCCGGCAGUGGAGUAAAUGUAGGUAUCUUUAAUAAAAUUUGCCACCCUUCCGAUGGUGUUGCGUCCUAAAGAUGUUAUGGCUGCAACCUUUGACGCAGUCGAAGCUGGUAUUUAAAACUGUAAAGGUUACAUCAUCCCUUAUCAACCCUUUAAAAUGCUUCAAUUCAACUCUAUUUACUGUCAAUUAAUGCUCUUCUCAGUGGUGUAGCAUAGUAUAAAGGUAAGUUGCAUUAAAUUACCAUAUGGGUUCCCCUACAUGCCUCUGUGUAGGUUCUUAUACGAAACACCCUGUAUAUACAUGUCAUUAAAAUAAAAGAACCACCGCAUCAAUA